UAUAAAAGCGCUUGGCGGCAGCGCGCUGACGCAGCCCUAGUUUGAGAGGGAAAAUGUAUCGCUCGCGCUCCAAGUCUAACACCGGAAUCGCUUUUAAUACUUUCCUUUUCACUGUGCCACUGGAAUAUACUCAACUGAAAAGACAUUAUAGUAAAAACUGGUCGUGUAUUGGUUGAUUUUAGCCGCGGAACUACUAAUUUAAGCUAAAUGCCACGGGCCAAGAAAAGGAGCGGCAGAGGGGGACAACCGGGGAAUGUCCAGCCGUUCAGUGAUGAAGAUUCAUCUAUUGAGACCCUCAGUCACUGCAGCAGCCUCAGUGAAAGAACCAGUGCAGCAGAGGAAGCUGGUGAAACUGAAGAAAUGGCUCAAGAGGACUUCCAGUACAAACUGAAGGUGUACAUCGACAGCACAGUGGAUAAGAGUGCCAAGACCAGACAAGGUGCCCUUGAUGGACUAAAGACUGCCAUGGCAACCAAAAUCCUCUACGAAUUCAUUUCCGAGAGAAGGAUGACCAUCACGGACAGCAUUGAGCGCUGUUUGAAGAAAGGUAAAGGAGUGGAGCAGUGUGCUGCAGCCUCGCUGGCGUGUCUCCUGUGCAUCCAGCUGGGGUCUGGGAUUGAGAGCGAAGAGGUUUUUAAGACCCUUAAACCUGUAUUUAAGACCAUCCUCAACGAUGGAGCAGCUAACAUUCAAGCCAGACAAGCUUGUGCUACAAGUCUAGGCCUCUGCACUCUUGUUGCAGAAGAUGAUAUCAUGGAUGUGUAUGCCACUAUGGAGUGUUUUGAGAGCCUCUUCACCCAUUCGUACGUCAGGGAAGAUGGAAGCAGACCUUCUGUGAAUCCUCAAACCACGCAGCUCCACACAAACGCUCUCCUGUCCUGGGCCCUGCUGCUUACCAUCUGCACCGGCAGCCAUAUCAGAGCCAUUGCACAAAAACAUCUCGCUAAACUUCCACGUCUGCUGGAGAAUGACGACGUCAACAUGAGAAUUGCUGCUGGGGAGACCAUCGCCCUCCUGUUUGAGCUCAUCAGAGAUGUUGACCCUGAGUUUGAUUAUGACGACUGGGAACAGUUGUGUGAGCAGCUGAACGCUUUAGCCACUGACUGCAACAAACACAGAGCCAAGACCGAUAAGAGGAAGCAAAGAUCUGUCUUCAGAGAUGUCCUCAAGGCCGUAGAGGAAGGGGAUUUUCAGAGCGAGACAAUCCGCUUCGCCACAGAGCGAAUGGUCAUUGACAGCUGGGUGAAGAAGAGGACUUAUGAUGCCUUCAGAGAGUUUGUUGGCUCUGGGAUGAACUACCAUCUACAGGCGAAUGAGUUCAUAAGGGACGUGUUUGAACUGGGACCACCGAUGUUGAUCGAUUCUGCUGCUCUGAAAGCCAUGAAGAGCUCCAGACUGGAGAGGCACCUCUACAAUGCAGCCGCGUUUAAAGCUCGAACCAAAGCCAGGAACAAGUUUCGGGACAAAAGGGUGGAUGUUGGGGAGUUUUAAGUUUUUUGUAAAGUACAUAAUUUUUUCUUUCAUCUUGCGUUUAAGUCUUUUGAUUCUUUGCAUUCAUAACAUGGUCUCUUUUUAUAUAUAUAUCUAU